AUGCCACCGUUCGUGACUGCACCGCUUAAGUCGUUACAGGAACUCGCCGAUUGGGAUUCAGCAGAAACUCCUGUCUAUGUUACAAUCCGUCGAGAUUCUGUCAAGAAGCCAGAAAAAUCACGACCAAAAGUAAUUGUCUGUCAUGAUUUCAAAGGAGGAUAUAACGAGGACGCAUCAUGGCAAGGAAAUCAUCAAUUUAACGCGUAUAGAUUCGACCAUUGGUCCUCAAUUGACGUGUUUAUAUACUUCAGUCAUUGGAGGAUUACUAUUCCACCACCUACCUGGAUUAAUGCUGCACAUACGAACAAUGUCAAGAUCCUUGGAACGUUUAUAACUGAAUGGGAUGAAGGAAUCGAGGAGAAUUUAAGACUUAUCUAUGGUGUAGAUGAUCCAAGUAGUGGAACAGUGUCAGAUCAGUUUGCUGUCAAACUUGCACAGAUUGCUAAACACUAUGCAUUUGACGGCUGGCUUUUGAAUAUCGAAUCUCCUCUGAGGAAUGCUCAACAAGCCCACGACAUGGUCAAGUUUGUUGAGAUCUUGACCGACACCAUGCAUGAAUAUGUGCCUGGGUCGCUAGUGAUUUGGUAUGAUAGUCUGACUACUGAAGGAAAGAUUGAAUGGCAAGACGGUCUCACGUCCCGCAACCGCCCAUUCUUUGAAGCCGCUGACGCGAUCUUCACGAACUAUACUUGGAAGGCACAUCAACCUGCACACGAUUCUCAAGAAGCUGGAGAUAAAAGGACGGACGUGUUUGUUGGGAUUGAUUUUUGGGGAAGGAACACGUUUGGUGGUGGUGGAUUUAAUGUGCACAAGGCUCUAAGAGUAAUCAAGGACGCCGGGACAUCAGUCGCAAUGUUCGCGCCAGGAUGGAGUUAUGAGCACCUUGAUUCGAGCAUGUUUGAGUUGUAUGAGGCUUGUUUGUGGCAUGGUAUUCAUAAGAUGGACCCGUCAAAGAUUGUCUUGCCAGCGAAGGAUGUUGAGGAAAACGCUUCGACAAAUCCUGAUGAAAAUGAUCUAGGAUGUAUUACAGAUUAUAUUAAACCACGAGCUUCUAUCACCUCCCUCUACUCCAACUUUUGUCUUGGAGCUGGUCUCGAGUAUUAUGUUGGUGGGAACCGAGUGAGCUCAACGCCGUGGCAUCAUAUCGGAAGGACGUCACUCUUGCCGAGUUUCAAUCACCGUCCAUCCACCAUCCUUGUACUGGACGGCAGCAAUCUACGUCCAGAUCGUACGACUUGUGCCUAUACAUCUAAACUCGAAACGGGGAAAGCGUUUUGGGGUGGCUCUAGUCUUGUCAUUCGUGGGAGCGAUCGUCCUUUAAACCAAAGUUUGGUUACAAUCCCAUUAUUUGGCCUGGAUAUCGCGUAUGGUGACAGUCUGAGUCACCUACGUGUAAGAGUAACAGAUGUGUCCCAGGACAUUGCAAUCGGAUUUAUCAUAACACACGAAACAGGGACAGAAUAUGUCGUGUUUCCCAAAUUAGUUAGUGUCGUUGGUGAUUGGACGACACUAGAAACUGAUUUAGGGGCAGUAUGGAGUAGUGGAGAUGUGUUGAAAGAAUUGGGACUGGUGUUUGCUCACAAGUCUCAUUCUCAUACAUAUGGAGUGAGCAAGUCCGAUAUACUCCCAGAUGAACAAGUACCGGGCACAGAAACAGAUAUCCUUGCUCGUAUAGGCGAGAUAUCACUCAUAGACCCAGACCCAAGCAAUCCACCAGCCCCACCUGAUCACCAUCUAUCCCUAACAACGUCCGAUAUAACAGACCUUGGCCCAAACGUUGAAUUCACGUUAUCCUGGAAUUUACAGGACAUUCCUAUAAUCACGUGGGAAGUGUUUGUGGAUGAUGAGUGGGUGGGUACGGCGUUUGGGAAUGCGUUUCGGCUCGUGAGGCCGAAAGUGUGGGCGUUUGGAAGGAUUAUGUUGGUUGGGUACGCGGAUGGUGAUAGUGAGAAGAGUGUUGUGCUUGUGGGUAACUGGGAGAUAUAA